AAAAAAUGAGAGGUUAUUUUAUUUUAUUUUUACUUUUCAUAUAUAACCCAAAACUAAUCACAGGGAGGGCGUGAGAACAAUAUUAAGCUUUCCAAAAAGGAUAUUUCUUAAUUGUUUAUUUGGAGUAUCCUAAAUGAGAGAAAUACACGUGGAUGAUUUCAAUAUUAUUUAGAAAAACAUGUAAAAUUUGCAACAAUGUUUGAAAAUAGAAUAAUAUGCGGGCCGUUGAGUUAAUCACUACAAGAAAAAUGACAUUUAGCGGCUAAGUGUAUUUGCCACAAUAGGCCAUUUAUGUGCCUCUAUAGCCCUAUAGCGGCACAUAAAUGUGUGUUGUCAAUACUGCUGCCGCUAAAUCUCUUUAGCAACAGAUGUUAGCGACAAAUAUUAUAUGCUACUAAUGUAGGAAUUUGCGUCAGAAAGUUUUGUUGCUAAUUUGACUUUUGAAUAACUAUUUAAUUAUCUUUUUCUCACUUUAAUGGCACAAAUUAUUGCCACUAACGUUACAUUAGCGACAAAUAUUUAUGCUCCCGUAAUUCAUUUUGGAGACAAUUGCAUUUGCCUUUAAAUGAUUUAAUUGGAAAAUUUAUGUGCCUCUAAUGAGUAUUUCCGUCUUUAAUUUUGCUAUUUUUUGAAUAGUUGAUUUUAAUGAAUAUAUUAUUUUGCAUCAGAUAUAGACCGGUUUUUUUAUUUUUGGACUUGAUAUCGACGACAACUUGUCAAUGGGGCUAAGAUCAGGUGACUAAGGGGGGGUCCCUUAGUCACAUGACUAAGCCAAUCUCAGCCAUUGAACCUCAUUAAAAUCUAAUGGUUCAGAUUUAUCUAGUUUAAUAAGGGAUAAAGUGGUAAUUACAUUAUUUAAUUAUUUAACAAUUAAAAUAAAUAAAAAUUACAGCAUGUCCCUUCAUCCUCCCGCCGCGGGUUCUUGGCUGUGGAAUUCUCUGCCGGCGGCGGAGGGGGAUUUUUUCCGGCGUAGCUUCUCCCCACUUUAAAUACGAGAGAGGGAGCUUUGAAUUGCAAUCUUGGGGAUCGGUUAGCUUGAUUACCCCUAAAGGGGUAGUGAUUUUUGACACCCCCUUUAUGAUUGGCCAAUUUUAUUUCCAAUCAUUGGCAAGUAUUAAUUAAACUGGUUUUUUAUUUUUUUUUUAAUCUUGUAAUUUGGGGUCUCUCACCACAUUGGAAAAGAGAAAGAAUCUGGGGAAAAACGAAAUCACCCCCAUUAAUUACAUAAUUAAUUUCUCUCACUUGUACAUUAAUUACACGUACCACUCUACUGGUACACGUACCACUCCACUGGUACACGUACCACUCCACUGGUACACGUACCAGUGGAGUGGUACGUGUACCAGUGGAGUGGUAUUUGUAUCAUUGAAGUGGUACUGCAUUGUUGCUCCGUUAUUGUUUAUCAUUGUUAUGAAAAAUAUCAUUGCACUGGUAUUGUUCUCACUCUAACCUACCUUGUGGAUUGCUCGCACCAGUGGAGUGGUACGUGUACCAGUGGAGUGGUACGUGUACCAGUGGAGUGGUACGUGUAAUUAAUGUACCAGUGAGAGAAAUUAAUUAUGUAAUUAAUGGGGGUGAUUUCGUUUUUCCCCAGAUUCUUUCUCUUUUCCAAUGUGGUGAGAGACCCCAAAUUACAAGAUUAAAAAAAAUAAAAAACCAGUUUAAUUAAUACUUGCCAAUGAUUGAAAAUAAAAUUGGCAAAUCAUAAAGGGGGUGUCAAAAAUCACUACCCCUUUAGGGGUUAGCAUAGUAUCCUACCCCGCAAUCUUGCAAUUAACUACGAGAGAGAGAGAGAAUUUUUAUUCCUUUGCUGUUUCCCCCAAAUGCAGAGAGAGAGAGAGAUUUUCUGGUCGGAAAUUUUUUUUUCCAGCGACCAUCAUCAACGGAGAAGAAUUUUCCGGCGACAGUGCUUUGUGCUGUAUGUUGACAUAUUUUGUAAUGUUUGUACGCUUUGUUAUUUUGUAAUGUUUGUAAACUUUGUUAUUUUUGUGCACCAUGUUUAUCAUUUUUGUCAACCGUGUUUGUAAUGUUUUUUAUGUCUAAAAAACAACCUGGUUGACUUUUGGAUGAAACUUCUCUAUAUAGGGAUGGAGCCUCCAAAGUCAACCCGGGUGUUUUUUAAGUUCGUAUGGAUUGUCGGUCUAGUUUGUCAUUUUUGUCCACCAUAUUCGUACUGUUUGUAUACCUAAAAAACACCCGGGUUGACUUUAGGAAGGAGCCCCUCUAUAUAGGGAUGGAGCCUCCAAAGUCAACCUGGUUGUUUUUUCUUUUUGUAUGGUUUGUAUUGUUUGUCGGUCUAUUUUGUAUUUUUUGUACAGUUCAUAUGUUUGUAAUGUUUGUAAAUCUGUUUGUAUGUUUUGUCGCUCUAGUUUGUAUUGUUCAUCUAGAGACAAAUGUAUUUGUUGCCCAUCAACUAUACUUUUUGCGCCACUUAAAAUUGUCAUUUUAGCUCAUUUAAAAUGAAGGAGCAACAACAACUAUUUUUUUAGCCUCUAAAAACUUUUAUUUAGAAGUAAAUGACUAUCUGCCUGCAAAAAACUAUGAUAAUUAAUUAUAAAAAUUAUAUUUAUUUUUUCAUGAUAUAAAGGCAGACUUUUAGCUAACCGUUAUAGAAAAUGUGUCCCUAAAACUAAUAUUUUAAUUUGAAUAAAAUUUAAUAUAAAUAAUAAUACUUUUAACGGCAAAUACUAAUACUUAUAGAGGCAUAUAAUAUAUUAGCCGUGUAUAACAUAACUUUAGGGGCAAAUAUUUUAUGUGCUGCGAAGUUUAGCCGCUAAAAUCUAGUUUUCUUGUAGUGAAUCGAUCCAUACACUGAAUAUCACUGAUACAAGAGGAUGCAUGGAUGGACAUUUGGACGGAAGCAUACGCAUGCACCAACAGCUACAGCAAUGCAAACCCCAAAAAUAGCAGUACUGGAAAUUAACAAGACUAAUUAUAUGCUUAGCGACACCACCGACCAUCUCGUAGCUUUUAAUAAUAAUUUAUGAGCUCAAUAAUUGAGCUGAAAAUUUCUAAAUCGAUCUACUUUUUUUUUUUUGAGAGAUCUACAUUUGUUUAAUUUUGACUAUUUUUAUGUCUUAAUAGUAAUACCCAUGUAGCUAUAAAUACACAAGCCAGGGAAGCAGCUGGAGGAACUACCCAAGACAGCAAGCAUCUUCUUUCUAAUUUAAUUUCUUGAUACAAUCAUCAUAUCAUAUAGUAUGGGUUCUAUCAUUGUAGCGCCUAGUGAUCUAAAGGUUCCCUUCAUCAACCUCUCAAAGCAGCCUCAUCUGAAACCAGGUACUCCCCAUUGGGAUUCCUUGAAAUCCCAAGUUCGAGAAGCAUUCGAAAACUAUGGCUGCUUCGAAGCUUCCUUCGACAAGGCAUCUAGGGAGCUUCGAAGCGAUGUUUUCGAUUCAGUGGAGGAGCUUUUCGAUCUGCCUUUGCCAACCAAACAAAGAGCUGUCGUUCCCGAUACAUUUCACAAAGGUUACAUGGGGCAGCAUCCUAUAUAUCCAUUCUAUGAGAGCUUUGGGCUAGACGAUCCCACCUUGCUUGAAUCGGUCCAGAACUUCUCCAACACAUUGUGGUCCGAAGGAGGAAAUCCCAGUUUCAGCAAAAACAUUCACUCCUUGUCGGAGAUGGUCUCUGAAUUGGAUCAAACGGUGAGGAGAAUGAUACUGGAGAGCUAUGGUCUCGAAAAAUAUAUAGAGGAGCACAUGAGUUUCACAAGUUACCAUUUGAGGGUCAUGAAAUACGAAGUAGCUGAUGACUCCAAAGCAACCCUUGAUCCAAAACUUGUGCUUAGAGUACACACUGAUAAAGGCUUGAUCACCUUACUGUGCCAGAAUGAGGUAGGGGGACUGGAGUUUCAAACCAAGGAAGGUGAGUGGGUUAGUUACCAGCCGACCUCUCCUAGCUCUUUCAUCGUCUUGGCUGGUGAUGCUCUUCAUGCAUGGCUGAACGGUAGGGUUCACUAUCCCUAUCAUAGAGUAAGGCUGUGUGGAAACGAUAAGCCGAGGUACUCGUUUGGCCUCUUCACAACCCCAAAGGCAGAGAACAUUGUGAAAGCCCCAGAAGAACUGAUCGACGAACAACACCCCUUACUGUUCAAGCCCUUUGUUUAUAAGCAGUAUCUUGACGUGGCUUACACCCAAGCUGGUCGUAAAGAGAAUGCUCCUUUACGUGCAUUUUAUGGCCUCUGAAAAUAUAUUAAUUGUUGCAAGUAAAGCAGCUAGCUUGGCUUCAACUGCCAUGCAUAUCCACAAAACCUGUUCGGGUCAAGAUGUAAUAAGAUGGCCGGUGUGUUACCAAAUGUCGUCUUUGUAAUCAUGAUCAUUAUGUCUAUCUAUAAUUCCCAAGGGUACGUAAUUGGAUGCAAUGAAAUGCAGAAUGAAAUUAAUUACACUGCCAAAAAACAGAAUUUGGGCUACGAAAAUAAAGGACGGACACAUGCCCUUAGUGCAAAUUAAAGGACUGAUUAUGA